UUGGACUCUACCACCUUUCCCCACUUGUUUCCCGUCCCCCAUAUAACACAGUGAAGUACCACCUCCACCUAGCUAGCUAGCUUCUUCAUCUUCACCCCCACACGCUCUGACACUCCUCACAUAGAGAGAAGUGCGUACAGAGAUCAAGCUGUGUAGAGAGAGAGAGAGUGAGAGAGAGAUGAUGGAGGUGGGCAUGGCGAUGAAGGUGGUGCUAAGCCUAUGCUGCGUGGGGGCGUGCUCCCUCGCGAUCUACCUCUACUACACCGUCUGGGUGGUGCCGCAGAGGCUCCUUGCCGGGUUCAGGAGGCAGGGCAUCGGAGGCCCGCGCCCGUCUUUCCCUUACGGCAACAUCGCCGACAUGAGGGAGGCGGUCGCCGCCGCAAAGUCGGCUCCCCGAGCCGGCGGCCGCAUCGUCCACGACUACCGCCCAGCCGUGCUGCCCUUCUACGAUAAAUGGAGGAAAGAGCAUGGUCCAGUGUUCACUUACUCCAUGGGGAACGUGGUGUUCCUUCACGUGAGCCGGCCAGACGUGGUCCGGGACAUCAACCUCUGCGUCUCGCUGGACCUCGGCAAGAGCUCCUACCUAAAGGCCACGCACGAGCCACUGUUUGGCAGAGGCAUCCUCAAGUCCAACGGCGAGGCUUGGGCCCACCAGAGGAAGAUCAUUGCGCCCGAGUUCUUUCUCGACAAGGUCAAGGGAAUGGUGGAUCUGAUGGUAGAUUCUGCACAAACACUGCUCGAGUCAUGGGAAGCGAGGGUCGACAAGAGUGGCGGCACUCUAGACAUCAAGAUUGACGACGACAUAAGAGCCUACUCCGCAGAUGUCAUCUCCAGGACAUGCUUCGGAAGCAGCUACGUCAAAGGAAAGAAGAUCUUCUUGAAGCUCAGAGAGCUGCAGAAGGCCGUGUCCAAGCCAAACGUGCUAGCUGAAAUGACCGGCCUAAGGUUCUUUCCUACCAAGAAGAACAGGCAGGCGUGGGGGCUUCACAAACAAGUGCACAGACUGAUACUAGAGAUCGUCAAGGAAAGCGGAGAGGACAAGAAUUUACUGCGUGCGAUACUUCACAGCGCAAGCAGCAGCAAGCUGGGGCUCCGCGAGGCAGAGAACUUUAUAGUGGACAACUGCAAGAGCAUAUAUUUUGCAGGAUACGAGAGCACAGCUGUGACAGCUGCCUGGUGCCUAAUGCUCCUUGGCCUGCACCCAGAAUGGCAGGACCGGGUCCGGCAAGAGGUCCUGGACGUCUGCGGGGGCCGUCCACUAGACUCCCAAUCACUUCAGAACAUGAAGAACCUGACGAUGGUGAUUCAGGAAACCCUGAGGCUGUACCCAGCAGGCGCCUUUGUGUCAAGGAUGGCCCUUCAGGAACUGAAGCUGGGGGGUGUGCACAUACCGAAAGGCGUCAACAUCUACAUCCCUGUCUCCACAAUGCACCUUGACCCCAAGCUGUGGGGUCCUGAUGCCAAGGAGUUCAACCCGGCACGCUUCUCCGACGCUCGACCCCAGCUGCACUCUUACUUGCCGUUUGGCGCCGGCGCUCGGACCUGCCUCGGCCAAGGGUUCGCCACGGCGGAGCUCAAGAUACUCAUAUCUCUCAUCAUCUCCAAGUUUGCGCUCAAGCUCUCGCCGCUCUAUCAGCAUUCCCCAGCGCUGAAACUCAUAGUGGAGCCGGAGUUCGGCGUCGACCUCACCUUAACCAAAGUGCACACUGCUUCUACUACUACUACAUACUAGGAGAGGCAAUGUGGCCUGGAUAUAAUAAUGUUAGCAUCCGUCCUGGCUCAUGCAAAGAAAUUUGUACGUACGUACGUAGUUUAAUCAAUGAAUGCAGCUUGCUUGAGAGAAUGUACAGAUACACACGUUCGAAUUUGUUCAGAUAUGAUCGUUCUCGUGGGUA